CCAAGCUACCUUCAUCAAAGAGACCAAAAAGACUCCGUCCUGACCCAGAAUAUGCACUGGCAAAAAUCUUCUGCUCCAGAGCAGCAGCCACAGCCUCGCCCCUAUCAAGGUGUCCGUGUCAAAGAGCCAGUGAAGGAGCUGUUGAAAAGGAAACGGGGAAAUCUUCAUAAUGCCACUGCAACUGCAGCUGCAACGGUCGUUUUGCCCCACCAGCCGCUUCCUUCCUACUCACCAAUGGGCCAGCCUUGCAUUGAGAUGGACGUGGCUGCCCCUGCAGUGCCUCUCCCUGAUGAAGGAGCUCUCUGUUCCGGCUGGAUCUCCCAGCCCUCUCCCACAUCCUUACAGCCCUUAACUCAGUGGACCACUUACCCUGAUUAUGUGUCCCACGAAGCAGUCAGCUGUCCAUACACAGCAGAUAUGUAUGUUCAGCCCGUGUGUCCCAGUUACACACUGGUUGGACCAUCAUCUGUUCUGACUUACACCUCUCAGCCACUGAUCACCAACUUUGCACCCCGGAGCAACCCCCCCUCUGUGGUGCCUCCGCUGGAGGGGACGGAGCAGCAGCCACCUCUCACGUACUUCCCGUGGGGACAGCCCCUCUCUGCACUGCCAGCCCCCACUCUGCAGUACCAGCCAGCUUCUUCCACGCUUUCUGGGCCCCAGUUUGUACCCCUGCCCAUCUCCAUUCCUGAGCCAGCCCCCCAGGAGCUGGAGGAUGCCAGACGAGUCAUCGGCACGCUGCCCAUCGAGAAGCUGCUCCUAGAAGAUGAAGACAAUGAUACGUAUGUUUUAAACCAUGCUCUCUCUGUUGAAGGGCUAUAAGUUGCACACUCGGGGCCUGAUCCUCACCUACUCAAUACUCCACCUGCCACCACCGUGAGUUUUGAGUACAGAGGAGAAGCAGGCUGGGGCUAAUGGGUGGGAACUUCACUUGCGGCUUUGGUGUCCACCUCUAGCACCUCAUGACUUGUGUGUUGUGUGAAACUUGCCUUGUCCUGGGGCCCAGCACAAGAUUUCUCUGCUGUUGCAGUUCCUGCUGCCUCUGCCAGGCAGGCUUUUGAUGCUGUCUAGUUCUUGUGCUCAGCCUCAGCACGAGGUGACUUUCAUCCUCAGACACAGGGCAUGGUCUCAAAUUGACACCCCAGUGACAUGGCCAGCUGUAGCAUCUGGGGAGGAGACUCUUGCUUCUAAAUAUUGGCAAGCCCUGGUUCAACAGGACUGCUUUGCAGAGCUCAGUGUAAACUCCUUGUGUGUGUGUCUUUGCCCUGUCCCUGGAGGAACCUCUCCCUGGUCUAGAAAACAUUUUUGGACACUUAAUUUGACAUUUUUCUUUCCUAAAUUGAACUGCUCCUUAGGAAAAGGUGAAGUGUAGUUUUAUUCUACUGGUGCAGGUAGGUGCAUUAGUCUGAAGACCCAAAAAAGUCACUCCACCUGAGCUAAACACCAGUGCCAACAGACAUCCCUGUUCACAGAGCAACACAGAGUAACCUUGAUGAAACAUUUGAGUUCACACAAAAGUGUGACUUGAAGGUCUCUCCUUCUCUGCCAUUGGAAGGCAGCCCCCCAGGUGUGGGACAGUGCUUUGGAGUCAUGGCCUUUCAGCUGCAGAACAAUUUUGGGCUCUAAAAUAUCCACCUUUGAGACAGGGUCUGAUUUUGUGGCUAGCUGGAAAUGCUGCAUGUUCCACCAACGGACAGAUCCUGGUCCCACUAAAGUCACCAGGAGCUUUGCCUGAGUCAGGAUUGCAAGACAGGCCCCUAUACCAGGAGAUCAUUGAGAAGACAGGGAUUUCCACCUAGCAAGAAGUUGGCAUUUCUUGUUCUGUAGCAUUUGAGUGUGAAGUUGGUGAUGUCUUGCUGAGCCAGGGAAUGUAGUGACCUCUCUUGUGCCUUACUGCUGUGGAAAGCUUCUCUGUGUCUCCCAGGCCCACAGCUGCACACAUUUUCUUUAUAGCUUUCUGAUUUUCUUCUCCUGGAGAAUGUGUAGCUUGACUUUUUCCUCUGAUGCAACCGUACGUGUCCUUGUUGAUGUUCAGGGGUGCCAUGGCACAGGCAGAUUAUAUCCCCAUCCCCAUCUGUUCAUUGUUUUCUUAAUAAACAAGGGGCUCUUGGCUGGUGAACACAAUUUCUCUGGGUUUUUCUGCUUUCUAAAGCCCAGGAUCCUUAGGUGAUCUUACUGUUUGCAAGACUAACUGCAAAAUACUUCAUUGCACUGCUUAUGACCUGGUGUCCAGCAUUCCAGUUGCCACCCAGGCAAUAUGUCAAUAUGACCUUCUAGUUUCUGGCCUGAGUGAGGUUUGCAAGCUCAGGUUGAAAGUGUCAAGGACUUUCAGAGCCUAUUUUGUUAUUCAAUAUUGACAAAUCUGGAAGACAUAAGCAAUAGAUCAUGUAAGUGAUCAUAAAGUUGUUUGAAACCAGCAGCAGUUCAGGUGCACUGAAAUUAGUGGCUUAUAUUUGCAGAAAAACCCAGCAAAGAAAUUAAUUAAAAGGAGCUUAAUUCACCACUGUUUACUCCAGUUUUAUGAGUACCAAGGCAUCCAGCAGUAAAACUGGGAUAAUUCAGUUGUGAAUCAAGCCUGUGGUUGCUAAGAUUGCUUUGGAAUUUCUUUCACUCCAAUGUAUGUAAAUUCUGUGUGUGAACAUAAAACCAUGAUGAACUGCUUCAGAAUUUCUUUCUGGGUUGUUCUGGUUAGAAAAAGAGAAAAUCUUUUCCAAUAAAG